ACUGACGUCGAGAGUGCGGCGCUGUCGUUGGCAACAGCGGUGGCUGGAGCGGGAAGGAUAGAAGUGUUACUGCUACGCUUGGUCUCAGAUCAAAACCAUUGUUUACUUGGGACCGGGGUUAUGUGGAAAGCGCUUCGAAUCUCAUAAUGAUAUUAAAUAAAACGCUUUAAUUGUUUUAAUUACUGGGGGCGGAGAGGGAGCGUCCCUCGUUAUUAAAUGGUCUGUUUGCUAGCUAACAUCUGCAAAUAUGUACUAAAUUACCCAGUCUAGUUGGAACAAGUUGCAGCAAGAGUGAGACAUCAACAAGUGGAUUUCCAAUUUUCGAAAUUCGCUAUCAAUGGCUUCCAAAGGUUGGCAGCAUCCUUAUGUCAACAUAUUCAAGCACGUCAAAGUAGAAGCCUGGAAAAGGUCGGCAAAAGAGGGGGAUGUGUCAGCAUACACGGACAAGACGCUGAAGUGUUCAGUGUUCCGGAUCAAGGGUCCCGUUCCUGCCAACAGCUACAUCCUGAUACCCAGAAACAGCAACCAGUCUCUGGGGCUGACAGGGCGCUACUUCUAUCUUCUCUUCAGGCCCACCCCUGGCAAAUACUUUGUGGUUCACCUGGAUGUUGCUGCAGAGGAGGGCCAGGUGAUCCGGAUCUCCUUUUCCAACAUGUUCAAAGAGUUCAAGUCCACAGCUACCUGGCUCCAGUUUCCUUUUCUGUGUGGAGCUGCAAAGGAUUCAGUCUAUGAAAGGACAGCCAAAUCUGCAACGCAUGGUUUGGUGGGUUCAGCUCCCACUUCAGUGCGUUGGACUUGUCUGAUGCUGGAUCUUCAGUACACACUCUCCGUCUACCUCAGCCGCUGCUACAGUUACCUGAAGAGCAUAAAGCUUUGUUCCAACAUGGCAGUGAAGAACAUGUUCACCAGUGACCUGCUGCUAGAUCCAGGAGUUUCCUUCAGUGAAGCCAAGCUAAUGGGUCUGGCGUCUUCUCAGGGAACAGGUCCCAUGCCCAGAGAAAUGUCAUUCCCUGUGCCUAAGGGAGGCUCCUGGCAUGACCUCUAUGACUACAUCAGGUUUCCCUCAGAAGGAACGAAGUUACCCUUUGACUCCAUUCAAAAGCGCAGUCCCACACCUGAGGCUGGAUGUGUCUCCAGCCAAAGAAGCCCCAUGAGAGAGUCUCACUGUGUCAACCUCAGCAAACCAGUUCAGGACCGUGUGUCUCUUAUCCAGCAGAUCACCACCCCAAAAUUACUCCCGAGAAAUCGGACCCCGUCGGUGACCGACAUACCUGAGCUGGGUGUGGUCUCCACUCACCAGAAGGAUGACUGGCUUUGCCAUAAAUAUGACCAACAGCAGCUGGAGUCAGCGUCCUCCAGCUCACAGCAACUCACAUCCAGGCCACAUUGCGAUUCUGAUGACGGUGGAGUUCAUGUGUUUGUUCAUCAUGAGGAAAGUUUCAAUAAACAUGGAGAAGAUGGCGAAAAAGAGUUUGUUUUCAGUCCUGUUCCACACCCUGUCCAUCUAUCAUCAUCCAAAAAAACUAAGAAGCUGCUUCCAGACCCAAUUAUCAGGCUCAAUCGAAUCAUCGGCUUUGGAGGAGCCACUACUAAAUAUGCUCUGUGGACCAAAUCCGGUGAUGCAGUGGUGUAUCCAUGUCAUGCAAUUAUUGUAUCCAUGAAUAUAUCCUCUAACCAGCAGAGAUUCUUCAUUGGCCACACUGAUAAGGUGUCUGCCCUGGCUUUUAAUGGCAACACAACAAUGCUGGCCUCAGCACAAACUGGCAACCAUAGUGUAGUUCGAGUAUGGAACUACUACAAAGGAAACUGUCUGGCCAUGUUUAGGAUUCACGCUCAUUCAUUAUCCUCUCUUAGCUUCUCACAUGGCGGAGCUGUUCUCUGUGGAGUGGGUAAAGAUAGACGCAAUAAAACACUGGUGGUGGUGUGGAACACUCUGAACGUUAGUAAAGGUGGAGAGGUGACAAUAUUAGCCAAAGCGCAUACAGAUGUGGACAUUCACACAUUGAAGAUUGCCUUCUUUGAUGAUACAAGGAUGGUGUCAUGUGGCCGUGACAAUAUUCGUCUGUGGCGAGUGCGUAAUGGGACGCUGCGCUCCUGUCCAGUAAAUCUGGGUGAAUACCACUCAGUUGACUUCACUGAUGUGGCCUUUGAGGAGGGAAGGCCAUCCAACCAGCAUCUUGAUGAUCGAACACUAUAUGCUAGCAGUCAGAGUGGUCAUAUCUUCGAGAUUGACUACAGCAGAGUUGUCAUUAGAAAUGUGAGGAGGCUGUUUGCUGCACAACAGCAGCAUGCAGAGCGAAGAGAGAAAUGGACUUUUAACACAGGUCCUGCCAUUGCCAUCAAUAGCAUAAGUGUGUCCUCAUCGUUUUGUGCCACGGGCUCUGAAGAUGGCUUCCUGCGGCUCUGGCCCCUUGAUUUUUCUGCUGUCUUCCUGGAGGCUGAGCAUGAAGGACCUGUGAGCUUGGUGUCGGUGUCAUCAGACAGCCUUCAGGUCCUGGCAGCCACCUCUAAUGGCAACCUGGGUUUCCUUGAUGUGAGCAGCCGUGGUUACAACACACUAAUGAGGUCACAUACAGACACUGUGCUCUGCUUCAGUGUGGAUGGCAUCCGUCGGCAUCUCACAACAGCCUCCUCCGACGGCACAGUGCGCAUUUGGAAUAUGGAUUCCUUGCAUCAGUUGUAUGAUUUUGUGUCUGAGGACAGCCCCUGCUCAGUGGCCUUCCAUCCCAGUGAGCAGGUCUUCUCUUGUGGCUUCAGCUCCGGCAUCAUCAGAGUCUUUGACAUCUCCAGUGCCAAGCUGCUGGUUGAACACAAGCAGCAUCGAGGUGAAGUGGUGGGUCUUGCCUUCUCUUUAGAUGGGGAGUUCAUGUACAGUGCCGACUCUCAGGGCUCUCUGGCACUUUACAACUCCUCUGAAGAAGAACACGAUGUGAUCAGAGUUGUGUGUAAUGUAGUGGCUCGAGGCACUGAGCGCGCUCCAGAUGCUCUCACAGUGAGCAGUGACAGCCGCUGUCUGGCUUUUGUUGGCCCCUCGGAGUACAUUGUCACCAUUGCUGAUGCGCGCUCUCUGGAUGAGCUGCUCCGUGUAGAUGUGAGUAUUUUGGAUGUAGAGAGCCCCCAUCUAGAUUCUGCACUGAAGGUCUGCUUCUCACCAUCCUCCAUUGAACACUUGCUGGUUGCUACAUCAACUAACAAAAUCCUCUGGAUUAGCACUAAGACGGGCUGUCUGCUCCGAGAGGUGUCUAAGGUGCACAGAGACCAGUGCUUGUCCCUGGAUGUCAGGUGGGAUUAUAACAUGCUGCUUGAUAUUAACUCACAGAUGUUCAUAGGCCACAGUCAGCCCGUCUGCCAGGUGAGGUUCACCCCUGACCAAUUGGGUGUAGUCUCAGUGGGAGAUGCCAUAUUCUUCUGGGACUUCCUAGCACAUCCUGCUGAUUCUUUGACUGACAACUGUUCACCUCUCAGAGUAAGCUACAUCUCAGCCCCUAAAACAGACACUGAAGUGGGUAGAGUUCAGUUGUCAAAUGGGAUGCCUCGAGAGAAGGCACCCAUCCCCUCCUCACCACCUCCACAGCUGGACAUCAGCACCAUCGACCAAGUUGACCAGGGCGCUUUUGGCUCUUCAUCCAACACCCUGACCACACUGGCAGUUUCAGUCCAAGCUACUGGUUUAGGUCCUUCUGAACCCAGACCGGCUGGCUCUUUCCUUAAAGUCACAGAGCUGGUCGACACAUCUCCCCUUAAUACCAGUCACAUAGACACUGCUGAUUUGAAAGGGGACAAGCCAGUGCGCCCAGACUGUUAUAGGCACUUUAUUCCACAUUUCAAGUCUUCCACUCUGAAACAAGCUGCUGCGGCUCCCCAAGCAGGAGAAGAGGGCAUAAAGCUAAAAGCAGUGAUUGGCUACAAUGGCAAUGGGCGUGGAAACAUGGUGUGGAGCCCUGAGCAAGGUUUGUUUGCGUACUCGUGUGGCUGUGUUGUGGUGGUGGAGUACCUUCAUACUGGUUGUCAGAGACACUUGCAAGGCCAGAGUGAGGAGAUCUCCUGUCUUGCCAUUACCAGUGAUGCACAGACAGUGGCAUCAGCUGCUGGAAGCAGUAAUAACAGCAGAAGCCUCAUCUGCAUUUGGGAUGUCCAGAAUGGAACUUGUCGUAAAACCAUCUCAUACCACAUGGGGGAAGUGCAGAGUCUUGCUUUCUCCAGGGAUGAUCGCUUCUUUCUCUCUGUUGGAGACUUUUCUGACCCUGAGGUGGUUCUGUGGAGCAGCAAGACCUUCCAGAUGCUGUCUAAUGUGAAAGUGUCAGGGCCAAUUCACGACGCAGCCUUCAGCCCCUCAGCAGCCAGCCAGCUGGCCUGUGUGGGGAGCCAAGGGGCCUACUUCUGCCUUAUCGACACCCAUGGCCUUGAUGCAGACCUCAAGGUUCAGAGGGUGAAAGCACCAGCAGAGGUUGGUGAUGUGGAGCUGACAGCUCUGUGCUACCACAUGGAGUCCUUUCUCUUCACUGCCACCAAUCAAGGACAUGUUUGUGUCUGGGACGUUAACACACAGCACUGCUUAAUGACCUGGGAAGCUGAUGAGGGAGAGAUCGGAGUGCUGCUGUGUCGAGGGAAGCGGCUGUUGACAGGCAGCAACACCUGCUGGUUGCGACUGUGGGAGGUAGAAGCUAUACAGGGUGUGAAGCCUCAGGAAAAGGUCUUUGGUUUAAAAGACAGUGGGACUAAGGUGGUGCUGGAGCAAGAGAUAAUGCUGGAUGGAACAAUAGUCAGUGCAGCUUUUGAUAACACAAUGGACAUGGGCAUUGUUGGCACCACCGCAGGAACCCUCUGGUAUAUCAACUGGUCAGACAACAGCAGCAUUCGGCUGGUCAGCGGGCACAGGACCAAGGUGAAUGAUGUGGUGUUUAGCUCUGACGAGAGCCAUUUCGCCACCUGCAGCGAGGAUGGUAGUGUGAGGGUGUGGUCAGCCCCCAGCAACGAACUGCUGGUACAGUUCCAAGUACUCGAUCAGGCCUGUGGCUGUGUAUGCUGGAGCCCUUCUUCCAGUAAAGACAGUGUGUGUUUGGCAGCAGGAUACAGCGGUGGGACCCUGAGGAUCUUCCGGCUUGCCUCCUCAGAGAUGGAGCUGAAGCUGCAUCCCCAUCGGGUGGCUGUCACCGCCAUCCAGUACUCAGCUAAUGGUCAUGUGAUCCUUUCAGCAGGGAAGAAUGGCCUGGUAGCUAUCAGCAGCCCAGUGAAUGGAGCAACUGUCCGUGUCAUCAGGGACCACAAAGGAGCACAGAUUACCACCAUCCAGUGUGUGAAUGAACAGUGUAGGAAUUUCGGGCUGGAAGGAAAUGAGUUGUGGUUGGCCAUCAGUGGUGAUAGACGCAUCAGUGUGUGGGCUGCUGAUUGGUUGAAGGACAAGUGUGAUCUGCUAGACUGGCUGACACUUCCUGCUCCAGCCUAUUUUGGGGAUGACAGCCCACCUCUGAGCCUGGCUGCCUUCUGUCCAGCAGACCCUGGCCUGUUAGUCUACACUGGCUAUGGAGUAGAAAAGGAGUUGUGCUUCUACAGCCUGAGGAAAAAACAGAUAAUCAAAAAGGUUGCCCUGCCCGACUGGGUCACAUGCCUUAGCUUGUCCUCAAAGAGUCAGCUCAUAGCUGUGGGAUCAAAAGGACGAGUGUUGAAGGUGAUCAACUCGAGCAGUGGCAGGUUUCAGGACUUCCUGCAGCACAGUGACUCACUGCAGACGUGUCACUACUCCCCCUCUGGGACACUUCUGUUCUCUGUGGCUUAUAAUGAGAUCUUUCUUUGGGAAGUGUUGGGCCUCUAAGGGCCUCAGAUUUGUUUAUGAACCCUCAGACCUAUGAGAUUGGUUCAAAUUCACAUGUGCCUGGUUUAAAUUGUUACUUCAAGUGAUUUUAUUGUUUUGUAAUUUUUUUAAUUAGUUUUUAAUCUAUCUUUUUAUGGAAGUAGCAAUAAUUUGUGGAGAAACUUUACGUGAGCAUUCCCACACCUGACUUUAG